AUGAAUUACAGGUCAAAAUCGACAGUAUCAUGGUUGUGCUCCUCAAGAAACUCUAAAAAAUGUCCGGGAAGCUUGAUUCUGACACAUAGGGGAGAUGUCAUCUCAUACAAUUCUACUCACACACAUAAAGCACCAAUUGUAUAUAAGAAUAAACAGGGCAAAUUUGUUAAAAUGCGUCCCGUACUUAUCAAGUCUGCGAAAAAGAAAUAUGCACUUCUCUAUAAAUCGUAUACAUUCACCCGUUGCACAAAGUCCAAGAAAGGGGUAGUUUGGAAAUGUUCCUCAAAUAAAACUGACAAUUGUAAAUGUGUGCUCACGACCGACGCAAACUUAGCAAUUGUACAAACGAAGGGGGAACAUAAUCAUAAGAAAUCAGAAGUGGUAAGAGUGGUGACUGCCAUCGACGGAGCUUCUCUUCUCAUGCUUAACGGUUACUCCUUUACUAACCCAUCUCCCAUACCCGGAGGCGAACGUUGGUACUGCUCAGGCAGGAUACCUUGGAAGUGCUCUGUGUGUUUGCACGUCAACGACGACUAUGAAUUUGUGUGUAUAUCACGUGAACAUUGUCACGAUCCACCUGUUUAUGAGAUCACCCCGACUGGAUUGUACGCCAUGGCGGCACCUUAA